AUGUCUGUCCAUACUUACACAGUCAUUAAUAUGCCUCGCACCUUCCUGAGGAUACCCCCGGAGAUCAUCUCCUCCAUCGUUGACAACAUGCUUAAGAUGAACCAUGAAUGUGAGAAGCCCGCACCUUGGUUUUGGGCCGACACCGAACCUGAGCCAUACUUCAAUCCCUUGCAGAGAUACAAGGAUGCGCUGAGCCUUGCUAGAACUUGCAAGACCCUUUACAACCUCCUCAUUAAACAGAUAUACCGCACCGACGUGCGAAACAACGAAUCGUCUGCACUCUUGAGGUCGGUAAAGCUCUGUAGCUUGGAAGGGGUCAGAAGAUCUCUCGACGCUGGGGCCGAUAUUGAUAUCCGCGAUCCCUUGGAAAGCGACCAAACCACUGCUAUCCAUUGGGCCUCCUACCUGGGCCACAAGAACAUUGUCUCUCUUCUGCUCGAACGAGGCGAUGACGUAAAUCGCCGCGUCCGUGUCGAAGUUGGUGCAUUUUCUUGCGAUAUCGUGGAGGUAAACGUCGAAGCUAGCAUAAUUUGUCUUGAAGGUGUUCAGGAGGAAGUUACUAGAUGGACCCUGGAGCACGGAGCAAACCCCCUUUACUUUGCCAUCUUGGGGGGUGACUGGGAUACCAUACAGCUCCUCAUCCAUGCCGGUGCGGAAUUUGUCACCCAUACUGGAUGCGGCGUUCAUGCUCUUCAUCAAGCCGCGAGUCACGGCGAUGCCGGUCUAGUCGAGUCGCUACUAGAACACGAGUCCGUUGUUGCCAACCUUAACACCAUAUUGGAUAACCGCGGCGCAACAGCUCUCCACUAUCUCAACCACAUUGAUGACGAUGAGGCGGAGAACUGUAAGAUAAUCAGGAAACUCGUCGAGCACGGCCACCAGGUUAGCACUACAGAUGGAUACGAUGCUUUGCCUAUUGAGGAAGCUAUUUCGAAACGCUCGAACAUGAUCACUGCAGAGUUCAUCCGAAAUGGUUCGCUAAUCCCUGUGGAGCUUCGUUUCCAUAUCUUUGGUGAUAACUAUUUGGAGACCAUAAAAGCAUUAGCCGAAGCUAAACACAGAGGCUUCCCUCUUCGCUUUCAUCGCGCAAAUCCUCCCAUGGUCACCACGUUUUUGGCAAGGAUACGGACAUACCACCAUUUCUAUAAGCUCGUCUACCAGACAGGUCAAGUUCCCGGGCCCAUGAACUCUUACGAUCCUGACCAGUGGGAAGUCUUUUGGGCAUCAAGACCUUUUGUAUAA